AUGGCGCCAGCAAUGACAGCUUCGUCGUUCAGCUCCGGCCGGCCGGCAUUCCCUCUACAACUUUCACCAACGGCCCUCAAAUCAUCAUUCGCCCAGACAGAGAUUCCCUCCCCAAGGAAACUAGCCAAGCAAGAACAGAACCUAUGCCUCCCAGCCCAAGACAACCUCUUCAUCAACAAGUCCGAUCAAGACUUCUGGGCCGUCCGCUGCGCAGAAACUCUUGACAGCCUUAUGAAGGCUGCCGGCUCCUACACCCCAGCCCAACGCGCCGCCCAUCUCCAAUUAGUAUCAGAACUCGUCAUCCCGUCUCUCGGUCCCCAUCCCACUAGCGCCCCGAUAAAGCCGCUGCUAACUGCCGACGGCUCCCCAUUUGAGCCGUCGUGGAACAUCACCGAUUCGGGUGCCUCUUCCAUCCGCUUUUCGUUUGAGCCCCUCGGCAGACAUGGCGGGACCGAAAACGACCCCUUUGCUCAGAAGAUGAUCCCUGCCCUCCUCCCCGCGCUGCGCUCGCUCGGUGACAAGGUAGACACCCGCUGGUUCGAGCAGUUCGCAUCGGCUCUCUUCCUCAAUGAAGCCGAGACGAAGGUCGCUCUCGAGAGACUCGGCCCGGGCCACCGCGCCCCAACAGCCUUUCUGGCCUUUGAUCUUGAUGGCGGCAAGGCCGUUUUCAAGACAUACUUCUUCCCCGUUCUCAAGCACAUUGCCACCGGCGCCUCCACGGAAAUAGUCACCUUCGAUGCCAUCCGCUCUCUCUCCCCCGGCGGCGAGCGCCUCAAGCCGGCCGCUGAUGUCACGGAGGAGUACUUCAAGAACUGCCCCUUCCCCAUCCCCGUCGAGAUGAUCGCCUUGGACUGCAUCGACCCCGCCGCCGGCGCCCGCGUGAAGGUCUAUGCCCGCACGUCAUCAAACGCCUUCAACGUCGUCCGCCAGGUCGUCACGCUCGGCGGCCAGAUCAACGACGAGGCCACGCUCAAGGGCCUCGAGGAGAUGCGCAGCAUGUGGCACCUGCUGCACAACGAGCCGGAGCCCUACGGCGACGACUUUGACAAGAAACCCAAGGUCUGGGACAUCCUCCACAAGGGCAUCUGCUACGGCUUCGAGCUGAAGCCCGGGUCAAAGUGGCCCGAGGUCAAGUCGUACGUCCCGCUGUGGCAGUACGCCGAUAACGACGCAGUCAUUGCUGCCAACCUGGCCAAGGCGUUCAAGUCAAGAGGAUGGCCUGUGGCCGAAAGCUAUGAGAGCGACCUGCCCAAGUGCUUCCCCCGUUCGAACCUGAACCGUGCAACUGGUACACACUCGUACAUCUCGUUUGCCUUCUCCGAGAAGAAGGGAGCUUACUUGACCAUAUACUAUUCCAUCAAGCCCAGCGACUCAGUCCCAGCUCUCUGA